UCUUCUCCUCUGUCUGACAGGAGGUCUCACUCUGUCACUUUUUCAUCUGUCCAUCAUGGCCGACUGGAGUGACUGUUUGAACUUUGGCCUGACUGUAGCCAAACAGGCCAGUGAGGUCGUCUUGUCAGCGAUUCAGCAGCAGAAAGAAGUGAAACUGAAAAGUUCUCCAGCUGAUCUGGUGACGGAAACUGAUCAACAGGUCGAGAAGAUCCUGAUCAAUUCAAUCAAGAACCGAUAUCCACUGCACAGGUUCAUAGGGGAGGAGUCUGUAGCUGCAGGUGAAAGUGUGGAGCUCAGUGACGCCCCCACCUGGAUCAUCGACCCCAUUGAUGGAACCGUUAACUUUGUGCACAGGUUUCCAUUUGUGGCCGUCUCCAUCGCCUUCACUGUCAACAAGCAGACGGAGUUUGGGAUUGUGUACAGCUGUGUGGAGGACAAACUUUUCUAUGCUCAGAGAGGAAGAGGGGCAUUUGUGAACGGAGAACCGCUGCACGCCUCCGGACAGGAAGACGUCAGCAGGUGCCUGGUGGUGACGGAGAUUGGGGCGGAGCGUGAUGACCUCGCUCUGUCCACCAUGACGUCCAACAUCUUCAGACUGUUGAAACUUCCUGUCCAUGGUGUCCGUGCGUUGGGGACAGCAGCUGUUGACAUGUGUCAGGUGGCAACAGGUGGAGCUGAUGCCUACUAUCACAUUGGGAUGCAUUGCUGGGACAUUGCUGCUUCCGCCAUCAUCGUCCAGGAGGCCGGUGGUGUUGUCACGGAUACGGAUGGCUCAGUGUUUGACAUGAUGUCCAGGAGAGUCAUCGCCGCCAGCUCCUCAGCUGUGGCGCUUCGUAUCGCUCAGGUCAUCCAGGCGUUUCCUUGUCGACGUGAUGAUGAUGACUGCUACAAGUGUGUCUGCGGAGCGACGGGCGUGAACGGUGUCUAGAGUGACGGAGGCACAGGAAACAGGAGGCGGUCAUAUUUCUGUUGAAACAACAAUAAAACCUGAA